AUGAUCAACAGCAGUCAAUUCACCCCAGAAUAUUUUCUGCUGACUGGUUUCCCUGGUCUGGAAGCAUGGUACCCUUGGCUGAUCUUCCCAUUCUGCUUCACGUAUAUUAUAGGCAUUGUGGGCAACACCCUCAUUCUGACUGUGAUCAGGAAAAACAGUUCUCUGCACCAGCCGAUGUUCUUGUUCCUGGCUAUGCUGGCCUUCUCCGAGCUCGGUGUCUCUGCUUCGACCCUGCCCACGGUGCUAAGCAUCUUUCUGUUUGGUGCCAAUAAAAUCUGCUUUGAAGCCUGCCUUUUGCAGAUGUUCUCCAUACAUUCAUUUUCCAUCAUGGAGUCAGGAGUUCUUCUAGCCAUGUCUGUGGAUCGCUUUGUUGCCAUCUACAACCCACUCCGCUACACUACCAUCCUGACUCUGCCCCGUAUUGCUGGUACCAGUGUUACACUUGGACUGAAAAGUCUGUUGCUCAUGUUCCCCCUGCCUUUUCUCCUAAAGUCUCUGCCUUUCUGCGGCCACAAUGUGCUCUCCCAUUCCUAUUGUCUGCACUCAGAUCUAAUCCAGCUGCCCUGGGACACUCGUCCCAACAGCAUUUUGGGGCUCUGCAUCGUGACUUCCACUUUUGGGCUGGACUCACUGCUCAUUGUUGUCUCUUAUGUGCUGAUCUUGUACACAGUACUAAACAUUACCUCUGGGGAGGGGCGGAGGAAAGCUCUCAAUACUUGUGUGUCACAUAUGUGUGCAGUUCUGGUGUACUAUGUGCCUAUGAUCAGCGUGGCUCUGGUACAUCGCUUCAUGAAGCAUGCUGUACCUGCUGUCCGCCUGCUUCUGGCCAACAUCUAUCUUCUGGUACCACCGAUGCUCAACCCCAUCAUCUACAGUGCUAAGAACAGGCAGAUUCGCCAGGGGUUAAUACAACUCUUUCUUCAAAGAAAAUAUUAA